AUGGAUCCCGAAUCCGGCUCACCUGGGCCAUCCUUGCCGAACAACUCCAGCCCUUCGAGCGGAGUUGUGCAGCAGGUGCUUCACGCACUUUUGGAGAAGCUGAAAACUUUGAUGGAAGCCUUGGCGCCGAACAAGAACUCGGUGGGGGUGGAGAACAGGUUUUACUACGACACCACGGAGAAGGUUUGGAAGCUGCAGGGCGGGGAGACGGAACAAGAGCGCCUCGAGGCGGAAGCCAUUCGCUUCCACACGAGCCGCGGUUUGUCCUCCGCCUACGCACCGGCGACCACCGCAUGCGACGCCUCCAGAGGGGACUGGGGCAACGCGAGUUUGCCGCCUCCCCCGCCCUCUGCGGGUCCUGUCACCGCCUCCCUCCACGGUCCGGCGGGCGACAUGUCUUCCCUGGCGCACCCGGUCUAUGCCCCGCAGGCCAACUUGGGCUACGGCGCGGCGGCUCCGGCCGCUCCCAGCGCUCCCAGCGCUCCCAGCGCCGCUCCAAGCGGUGUGGCGGGGGCGCCUCUUGCCAGCCCCUUCGCUGCCGCCCCACUGAGCUCGCCCUUUGCACGGCCUGUGCUGGCAUCGCCCUUUGCGCAGUAG